AAUGUCUGAUCAAUUCAGAUAAGAGCUCUUAACCAUUCAGACUCUGUAUAAUACUUAACCAUUCAGAGGCAAAUCUCUUAACCAUUCAGACAUCUGAACCAUUAAGAGGCUGAAACAAACAGAAAAUAAUAGCACACGGACCCCCCCAAUCUACGGAAUAUAAUUAAAGAGGUAAUGGCAGCGAAUUGCUGGAUGCAUGGACAGCCAUUCGAAAGAGAAAGCCAUGAGAUUCGCAACUGAGUAAAGUUACCCCGCCGGCGGGCACGGCGGCAGCGCCAUCCGAUCUCCUCCGUCAAAACCCUCCUCGCUUAGCCCUCUCCCCGAGAUCUACUACAGGGAUAACAUAUAACACCGGCGGAAAUGGAGACGCCGUUGCUCCACGGCAUCUCCGGCGACCACCUGUACGGCGAUGACGGAGACUACCGCCCGGCGAGAGGGCUGAGGAUGUGGUGGCGGAUUUUCUGCAUAGAAACCGUUAAGCUUUGGGUGAUCGGCGGGCCCAUUGCGUUCAACAUCAUUUGCCAGUUCGGGACCGGGUCCGCCACCAACAUAUUCGUCGGCCAUCUCGGAGAUAUUGAGCUCUCCUCCAUCUCCAUCGCCCAGUCCGUUAUUGGCACUUUCUCUUUCGGAUUUAUGCUUGGCAUGGGGAGUGCAUUGGAGACGCUAUGUGGGCAGUCAUUUGGCGCGGGUCAAGUCCACAUGCUUGGGAUUUAUAUGCAACGCUCAGUGAUCAUCCUCUUCGUCACUUGCAUUGUCCUUCUGCCCAUAUACCUGUUUGCAACUCCAGUUCUCAGGUUGCUGGGACAAGAAGAUGAAAUUGCUGUUCUUGCUGGGGACUACGCUGUCCUAAUCAUCCCUCAACUGUUCUCCCUAUCAAUCACUUUCCCCACCCAAAAAUUCCUUCAGGCCCAGAGUAAGGUCAACGUGCUCGCCUGGAUUGGGUUUCUGGGCUUGGUAUUUAACGUGUUUCUGCUUUGGGUAUUCAUCCCUUUGCUGGGGUGGGGCACGACCGGAGCAGCUUUAGCAUUUGAUCUUUCCAAUUGGGCCAUUGCGAUUUCCCAGCUGGUUUAUGUUGUAGGGUGGUGUAAGGAUGGGUGGAAGGGGUUGUCUUGGGCUGCUUUUAAUGAGAUUUGGGCCUUUGUUAGGCUCUCGUUUGCUUCGGCUGUAAUGCUCUGCCUAGAGAUCUGGUAUAUGAUGAGCAUUAUCAUACUCACUGGUCAUCUUGACAAUGCUGUUAUUGCUGUUGGCUCCCUUUCCAUCUGCAUGAAUGUGAACGGGUGGGAAGCGAUGCUGUUCAUUGGAAUCAAUGCUGCAAUUAGUGUUAGGGUCUCCAAUGAACUCGGGCUGGGACAUCCGAGAGCAACCAAAUACUCAGUAUAUGUCACAGUAUUCCAGUCACUCCUAAUUGGGUUACUUUGCAUGGUGGUUGUGUUAGCCGCCCGAGACUAUGUAGCCAUCAUAUUCACAGACAGCAAAGAUAUGCAGCAAGCUGUGGCUCACCUUGCUGGCAUUCUUGGAAUCACCAUGGUUCUCAACAGUGUCCAGCCUGUCAUUUCAGGUGUUGCAGUGGGAGGAGGAUGGCAAGCUCUUGUUGCUUAUAUAAACUUGGGUUCCUAUUACAUAUUUGGGCUCCCAUUGGGUUUCGUUCUCGGUUAUGUUGCUAAAUUUGGAGUCGUUGGACUUUGGGGAGGAAUGAUAGCAGGGACUGGCUUGCAGACUAUACUCCUCUUGAUUGUUCUUUACAAAACCAAUUGGACUAGUGAGGUCGAGCAGACAACAGAACGCAUGAAGAAGUGGGGAGGGCAAGACUUUGAAGUUAGUAGCAGUUGUUAGUUCUUACCAUGUUAAAAAAUGGAGACAUUUUUUUAGAGUUUAAUAAUUGAUUAAGAAGUAGCAGGAUUUACUUACUGGGCUUGUUUGGAUUGAUUUUUUAGUGCAAAUUAUUGAAUUUUUUCGGAGUGAGUUUUACUUUUUUAAUGCACAAAAACUCUUAGGGUCCGUUUGGUAUACAGAAUUGAUGGAAUUGGAAUUGAAUUGGAAUUAAAAUGUCAUUGGAUUCAAUUCCAUAGAAUUGAAUUCUCCAAUUCCAAUUCAUUUUUUACACUACCAAUUCCAAAUCCACAUAGAGAAUUGGAAUUGAGCUCCUCAAUUCCAAUUCCAUAGUUUGAAUUCCAUAUACCAAACGGGGCCUUAUUGGAGAUUCGUUAGAAUGGAAUUGUAACUCAUUUUCUUAUCCGAGAAAUUGAAUGAAAAUUCUGUAAUGUU